UGCGUGCUAGCCAUAUGAGUGUGGGAUUACCCAUGUCUCCGUCAACCUUGUGGACAUUGUCACCUGCGUGUCGUGCCAGCGAUCGAUGACUGAAGCAGGAAUAGACGUAUACCACAAUUCGGACCCGAGCGAACGCAAUACUGAAGCCGAGAAUGUUCAAGAGCCACUGCAGAUGUGAUGCAAUAUGUGACCAGUCUGGCGCUGAAGGAGUGGCCGCUCAUCGUCCACAUUUGUCCUUUAUCAGUAUUGUUUUGAAACGAUAGCUAGCACCCGGCGCUGCGCGUUAAAGGAUCGAGGUAUAAAGCUGGGCAGACCCUCUGGGAAGCCCCACAAAGCAUUGCCGUUCCUAUACUUCUAGCCCCAUCUCUGGCCACAUCUACCAUUCGAUGUCUGACAAGCAAAUUACGUUCUAUACGUCAGCGUACUCCCCUUAUACGCAACGAGUACAGAUUGCGCUCGAGGAGACCAAGAUCAAGGUCAGGAAGUACGAGAUCGACCUCCGACCAGGCUAUAAGCCAGAGUGGUUCACGCGGCAGGUUAAUGCUGCGGGCACAGUUCCAGCCUUCACGUAUGGUGGCCCCAUUGUCCCUCCUGACCACCCUUCCCCCGAGUCGGCGAAGCUCUCGGAAUCUCUGGUGUUGGUUGAGUUCCUUGCGGACCUCCAACCAGACGCUGGGCUGAUACCUAGGGACCCUGAGAUACGUGCAAGGGCUCGUCUCUUCAUCAUCCAAGCCCAUGAGACGCUUCACCACGCUUUUCGCGGCUUCUUCUUCCGGGGAGAACGCACUGAUUCUGUUCUCCCGUCUCUCGAGGCCUUCCAGGCACUGCUCGCCCCCAGUGGGUUUGCUGUCGGUCCAUGGUCCAUUGCUGAUAUCGCGGUGGCGCCUAUGAUGAUCCGCUUCAUGCGGCUUUCCGGGUACGAGAUUGGCAAGUAUCCCAUGGGGGAAGGCAAGAAACUUCUUAAGGCCCUCGCGGAGCCGAAAUUUGCACGAUUCAUGCAAUAUUACGACAUGCUGUGGCGACGCCCAAGCAUCCAGGCGUCUUGGGACGAGCCUACCAACGUCAGGAUGUGGAGGCUCCAUCCCAACGUAAACCGGACCUCUUCCUCAGCGGGCCAUUAAUCGGCGGUCCCCCGCCGCAACAUGCGAUUGGGCACGUCUACAGCGUGCUCACGAUCUUCUUGACCAUAUUUCUAUCAGCUCGCCGCCUUCUUGGCCUGAAGCGGUCUCCCGUUCCGUUACCUUCCUCCACUGUAUUAGCGUACCUGUGUCCAUUCU